UAAUUUUCUUCAUCUUCAAAACUCAGAACUCUCUCUCUCUCUAUCUAUCUAUAUCUCAAGUGUAAGCAUCAUCAGUCUGCUGCCUUCUCAGUUCUCUCCAUCUCCCCUUUAUCUCUUUUUGCCUUUGCUUCUUCUUCUUCUACAUGGCUUGUUUCCUUCUCAUCUGAGAAAAAAUAAUAAAGAUUCAUUCUUUACUCUGAUUAAACAUUGAAUCGAUUUAGAUACAGUUUCUCUAUGAUCUGAGUAUUCAUUCGCUGAUAUUGUUUCUAUCUUAUCUCUUUCGAACUAUUCUAAUCGAUAACUCAUUCUAUGGUUGCUGUUUUUUUUCUUCUGAAUCCGUGAGAUUUAUAAAUUACAGACAAAUGGGUUUUCUCUUGGAGAUGCAAAUGACGGCUGUUUAUGAUGAGAUGAGUUUAUUUGCUUGAAUUAUAUAAAUCGCAAGAGUAUACUAGAGUAGAGUAGAGUAGAAAGAGAGCUGAAGUUAUGGGUAGAGGCAGAGGAAAAGGGAGGAAAUCAACAGGUCGUGAAGAUGUUGUCAAUGGAGAUGAAGAUAAGGUUCCGGUUCAGAGAAGAAGGGGAAGACCCCAGAAAUUGUUUAAAGGAGAAAUGGAUGAAGAAGUGGAGAAGAUUGAAGUAGAGGAGAAUCCAGGAAUGUUAAAUGAGAAGAAGAGGAAAACAUCUUCAGAGGAAAAAGAAGUAGGAGGGAUUGUUGAUGAUUUGGAAGAAGAUGGAAAUGGUGCCGAUGGUCCUCCGGUCAGAUCAGUUGGGUUCAGGCAAAAUGGGAGCAGAAGAAAGAAUAAACCUCGCAGAGCUGCUGAAGUUGGUGUUGAGUGCAACUGAUAUCUUCUAUAUCUUCUAUAUCUUCUUCCUUGAUUCAUCCAUUGGAAUGAGUUCUUCAUUUAUUUCUGAAUCUUUGGUAAAAGCCAGUUGUUACAUUAUUUGAGAUGGGUUUUUAUUGGCCUGAUCCUCAAAUCUUUUUCUUCUUUUUGGGAGUUUGAUUAUUGUAAUGUGGAGACAGUUUGAUUGGUUGGUACAACUUGUUGGAUUUUCAGUUGUC